ACACUUGUUGAGAUCAUUACAAAUCAAAUAAUCGCAGACGCGGCACGGUGUUCGAUCGUUUUAAAAAUUUAAAUUCGUUGUGUCUGCUUGUUCGCUAAAGGUACAAGUACAUUUCCUUGCGGAAGAUGUCUGGUGAUGUACAGGCAAGGAAACGAAAAGAGAAGAGACGUAAAAAGGAUGAAGAAGACAGUGGUAUACCUGCGCCUACAUUGGGGAAUUCAAAUGAAAGUUUAACAGACAAUGUAACUAUACAUGUUUACAAAGAAAGUAUCACAGGUGGACAUUGGUGUGCACGAAUCGUAUUCUUUGCUAUUUUAGCAGUUCUUGUUGGCUUAAUCGGUGUAAUUAUUUUGGAACACAGAGGCACUACAGAUAUUAGUACACCGUUAGAAUCGUCUCGCUGGGCCUUCAUUUUUGAUGGCUGGGUAGAUGAUUCACUUUCCUUGCAUGAUGAGGGACAUGACGAAGAUGAACACGAAGGCAGUAAAGAAAUUGAAACAGAUGAAACAAAGGAUGAUCACGAUACAGAGAUAGAGUCUGAAAAAUCUGAAAAUUCUGAAGAAGAAAAUGAAGAUGUAGAUGAAAUUGAAGAAGGAAGCAAAGAAGAAACACAAACUGAAGAAGAAGAAGAAGAUGAAGAAGUUGACAAAGAAGAAGAAGAAGUUGACGAAGAAGAAGAAGAAGAAGAAGAAGAAGAACAACAACAACAACAACAUGAAGUAGAAGAACAAGAAGAAGAAGAAGGAAUAGAUACAUAUGAAGAACAAGAGGAGGAAACGAUAGAAAAUGAGUCAGAUGAAGAACAAAGUAAAAUUUUUCAGGAUAAAGAAGAAUAUAUCAGCACAGAAUUAAAUCAUCAAAAAGAGUAUGAGGAAAAACUAACAAAAAUUAUACAAGAUGAUGAAAACAUUAGUCCACAGAAUUUGUACGAUACUGAUGUAUUAGAAGAAAUUUAUGCUACUAGUAAAGAAGAAAGUAAAGAAGAUAUAUUGUUUGAAACAGAUAGUCAAUUUCAUGAAAUCAUUAAAGAGUCAACGAAUGAGGAUGAAUUUGAAACGUUUUUAGACAUUCCCGGUAUCAAUGAAAUUAAUGAUGACAAUAUAGAACCCUUAGAAGAGGUAGAGAGUGUAGAACCUGAAGAAUAUAUUAGUGAUAUAGAUAAAAAGCCAGAUAUAGAAGAAAUCGAAGAAGAAUCUAUUAGUGUGGCAAUGAAGUUUGGAGUUGGUAUGGCACUUGUAAUUGCUGCACAUUUUGUUCUUGUGAAACGAUGGAACAACGAAGUUACCUUUGUUGAAACUGAAUCUAACCUAAUUGCAUCUGAGAAACGAAACAGGGAAGAAAAUGUAACUUCAGAAAGGGCAAACAUUGUUGAAGCAAGAAAUUAUAAAAAGGAAAAUAAGGAAAAGUAUGACAAACAAGACAUAAGAGUAGAGAAUGAAGAGGAGGAGAUGGAGGAAGAAGGAAUAGAGGAUGAGGAGGAAGAGGAAGAAGAAGAAGAAGAAGAGAUCGAUAGCGACUGGGAAUGGAAAAGGGAAGAAGACAAUGAUACUGAACAGGAAGAUGAAGUCGAAAUUGAACAAAAGAAUAAAGAGCACAAAAGAGGAAUAGAAGAUAAAGAAGAAGCAGAAGAAGAAGGAGAAGAAGAAGAGGAGGAAGAUGAAGACUUGGAUGAAGAAGAGGAAGAGGAUGAAGAAGAAGAUGAUGAUGAUGAAAUUGAAAAUUUUGAUGACUCUGAAUUGAUUGCUAAACUUGAAGCUAAAUAUGGAAAAUUAGAAAGUGUACAAGAUAAUGAAACAGAAACCAAAGAAGCGAAGGAAACAGAAAUUAAUAGUGUAUCAAAACGGAGGCGUAAUUAAUACCUUCUUAAAUUGUAUGCAUGUUAAUUUAAGGAACAAAUGCAUAAAGUUUGAAAAACUGAUUUUAGCAUUGUAUAAGUUUCUGUCCUACGUUAGUCGUUUAUUGUGCUUUAUUCUUUGAAUUCUAUUACUAUUUUAAAAUAACAGAAUAACAAAAUGAUAAUUUCAUUGUUUUUGUUGUCUUAUAUAAGAAAUUAAAGAAUGAAAUUUAGUUGAGUAAAAUGUUAAAAGUGUAUGUGUAUGAAGUAUGACUAAUACAAAUUAUUUAAAAAUCUAAUCAAAUUCAGUGAGCAUGGAGGAUCUGUUAUGAGGUAUUGAAUUUCACAUAGUAUACUAAAGAAAAUAUAUUAUUCAUAUAACCAAUUAAAUAAAGAAAAAUCAAACAGCAUAUAAAGAGGGAAAAUAUUGUUCAUUAAAAUAAAAAGUUUGUUGUCUUUUUUAAUGAAUACAUGUAUAUUUAUAUUUGUAUAUGUAUUAUUUAUGUUAUGUUACGUUAUCUUAUGCUCAAUUAAAUAUGUUAGGUGAUA